AUGUUUUCGCACCUGGAGCAGAAUCGAGGAGUGCUACCAUUGACGUCGAAGGGAGACAUCCACCCUGCGAUCUUGGCUCUAGGACGCAAGUAUUCGAGCGGUGAGGUGACUGGAGCAACCGCAAGGGCAGUGGCGAUGCUGAUGGCGUUCAAGCAGGUCGUCAUGGACUACUCCACACCUCCGGACAAGAUGCUGAGCUGGGAUCUGGACAAGAGGCUACGCCCGAUGAUGCAAUACCUGAUAGAUUGCCGACCCCACUCAGUGAGCAUGGGCAAUGCCCAUAAGGCGCUGAGGAAUAUCAUCGCCAAGUCGCCCCCUUCUCUGCCGGAGGAAGAGGCCAAAGCGAGCAUCGUCGACAAGAUCAAGGAGUUCAUCAACACGCGGAUUACCUUGGCGGCGAACGAGAUCGCCAAGAACGCCAUCACUAAGAUCAGGGAUGGUGACGUCAUCCUGACAUACGGAAGGUCUUCUUUGGUCGAAAGCGUUUUGGUGGCUGCGCAGCAGGCCAAACGAGGGUCUUUCAGGGUGAUCAUCGUGGACUCGCGCCCUGGAGUGGAAGGUCGCCAGCUUUCCGAAACACUCUCUGCGGAGGGCAUUCCUUGCACAUACGUCCUGCUCACUGCAAUAUCUUACAUCAUGAGGGAGGUGACGAAGGUUUUCAUCGGUGCUUCGGCAAUGAUGUCAAACGGCGCCGUCUUGUCCCGAGUGGGCACGGCGGUCGUGGCGAUGAUGGCGCGCUCGCACAACCUCCCGAUCAUGUUCUGCUGCGAAACCUACAAGUUCUGCGAGCGCGUGCAACUUGAUUCGAUCGUAUACAACGAGCUGGGCCAGCCGGAUGACCUGAUUUCUGACGCCAGUGGUGGGGAUGUGGACGAGUUCAAGGCUUUACCCAGCCUCAAGCUGUUGAAUCUCCGCUACGACCUCACACCGAUCAAGUAUGUCACCCUCGUCAUCACGGAGUUUGGCUUCUUACCUCCGACGUCUGUACCGGUACUCAUUCGAGAGAUGACACGAAGGGAAGACAAGGACGAAAAGUACUGAAUUGAUGAAGACUUGGCUAGACAAACAGACUAGUUCUGACACAAGGAAGCGCCGCUGAUUUCGCUUGAACCACCAAAUGCUGAUUUCUCCCUUCGGCGUUGGUUGUUGCCGAUGGGAUUUCCGUAGCAGCCCCUUCCCAAGGACUGCUGUUACGUGGCUUUUUAAAAUGGAGCCUCGGCGGUCGCAAUGCCAUCCUGCCCUAAUACAUCGUCGUCUCCCUCGUCAUCGUCUGUCACAAUCCAGUCGUCGCUGCCAUCAAUAUCCGUCGAAUCUCCAACAUCUCGCUCAUCUUCGGCAGCAAGCCGGUUGUAGUCGUGAAACGCAAACCUAUCCCAAUCUGUCUCAAACGGGUCGUUCCUCCUUUGCCGCUCUGCAAAGGGGUCUCGUUGCUCGAAGCCAAUGAAUUUGUUCAAGUUGAACAAGGCGUCGAAGAAGACGCCCCCCACCUUCAAUGUCUCUGGCCUCAGAAAGUCCUGCAAGGUUACGUAGCUGCGGUCGCCAAGCUUGAGCAUGUCCCACAUCUGACAGACCACGUCUUCAAAAGGCACGACUUCGUGGCCCAGCGACUCCAUCCGAUGCACCUGAUUGUCAUAAAACAAACGCAUCUCCAUGUGGCCGAUACGCCCAUCCCCGUCCAGGUCCACGCACGUGAACCAAUAUCGCAGACUAUGUUCGUUCCCUCGAUCUUCUUCACUGAGCAUGAAGUACACAUAGUCUUCGUAGGUCAUUGUUGCUCGGGGGUCCGAUCCGUCCUCGUUUCUUCGCCCCUGAGGAAAUGGCCGUGGACCCACCGACAUGAUCCUGUCCACGAUGAGGCGGCUUAGGCCAUGCUCGCCGUAUUUGAUGAGAUCUUCUUCACUCAAACGCCCGUCUCGAUCAGCGUCUAGCUCGUAGAAGCGACAGAACACAACGUAGAAGUGCUCGUACGAGAAGUACUCCGUCACUUUGUUGAUGUCCUCCUCUUCAUCAACCGUGUUGAACACCUCCACCAAGUUGCUCCGUCGCAGUUCGCCUUGGCUGAUGCGGCCACACCGACUCGUGUUGACGAUAUAAAAUAUUCUCGUGGUGACCGUUGUAGCGUACUUUGGGUGGAAGUCAGGGUGGGCCUCGAGAAACUCCAGGCCUGGGUGAUAGAGGAGCAGUUCCCGGAUGAACGGUUGCAGGUCGUCUUUUUCGAUGAAGUGGUUCUCCGGUUUCUUGACCAGCCGGAAAAAUCUGUCGAUGUGAUCGUACGUCUCGAUCUCAUCCCUCCAAAACUCUUCGAACAGAGCCAGGGGUAUUCGUGCGUCCGGCGGGAGUUCGUCUG